AUGGCAGAUGAUGAGCUGGCCACCGAAGAGGCUGGCAAGACUCUCCCAUCCCUGUCUCCGCUGCGAGCCUCCGACCAGCCCACAGCGGGUGACUUUGACGAAGGAAUCGACGUCCCGAAGCUGGAGGAACUGCUCAAGGACUACAUCUUUUCACAAAGCAUCGGGACACUGAACCCGCCCAAGUUCGGCAAAGUCCUGGCAGCAAAAAUCAGGAGGGAAGGCAAAGAACAUCUUUGCGUCCUCUACACCGUGGAAUCCAGUGGGCCAGCCGACAGGCGGCCAUACGAAGCUGCCUUUGGCGAACCGGAAGUUUUCGAAGAAGUGGUCUACAUCACAGACUACAUGAGCAUCUCCACAGCACCACCAAGAUGA